GGCUACUUGCUUUGUUAAUCCUAAUUGUGACUUUAAUUGGGUACUGGUAGCUGAUGCGCAAUGAACUUACUGGGUGUUACGUUGUUCUUGGUGGCGUCUCUACUUGCCGGAAUCGGCAUGGGAGCGCCUCAGUACAGGAUCUACGAGAAUAGUUUGGAGAACAUUGAACGUUUGAAGAACUUGAAACCGGGAGAGCUUGCCGAGGAGUUGAGUGGCCAGUUCGAGGGCGAUAUGAUUCUUACCGAGGAGCAAUACUUGGACAUCACGCGCCGAAACGGAAUGGUUCAGGAACAGUACCGCUGGCCGGACAACGUUGUGUACUACGAAAUCGAUGACGAGUUCUUCAACGAGGACCAGGUUGAGUACAUCCUUCGGGCGAUGCGAAUUAUUGAGUCGGUGACCUGCAUCAAGUAUCGGCCCCGUGAUCCAGAUAAUCCGGCGUUCAUUCGCAUUCACGGAGACGGCUCUGGUUGUUCGGCAACGGUCGGUCAUAUCGGAAGCGCUCAAAACCUCAAGCUGCAACCGUACCCGCUGGAUUCGGGUUGCUUCCGGUUGGGAACGAUAGUGCACGAGCUGAUCCAUGGACUCGGAUUCCGACACAUGCAGAGCACGUACAACAGGGAUGAUUACGUCGAGAUCGUAUGGGAUAACAUUCAACCGGGGUCGGAGAACAACUUCCUGCUGUACGGACCGGAUCGGGUGAGCAACUUUGGCGCGGAGUACGACUAUGGCAGCGUGAUGCACUACAGUUCGACGGCGUUCAGUAUCAACGGCCAAAAGACGAUUGUGGCGUUGAAGGAAACUGACUUAAAGAUGGGACAGCGUGAUGGAAUGAGCGAAAAGGACAUUUUCAAAAUCAACAGAAUGUACAAUUGUUUCGAGAAGAACUGAGUUUAUCGUUUCAUAAUAAAAUUUGCUUAA